UAAUGUCUAUCGCUUUCUACCAUCUACGACCAUCGAUCGUUCGUUUCGAAGUGGUUUCAUCAGUUUUUUUCACCGAUAUCGGCUAAAAUAAGUUUCGUGAAACUUGGAAUUAUCUCGCGAUAUUUACAUGAAGCGUGUAAUUGCCCUUCGUUCCACGAUUAAGUGAAGGAAACCAUGACGACGGCACUGUAUCUGGAACACUACUUAGACAGUCUGGAACAUUUACCCAUCGAGUUACAAAGGAACUUCACGUUAAUGCGAGAUCUAGAUGCCAGGGCACAAGGGUUAAUGAAAGAUAUAGAUAAACUGGCGGACGAUUAUUUAAAAAAUCUAAAGAAGGAAUCCCCGGAGAAAAGAAAGGAACAGUUGACCCACAUACAAAAUUUAUUCAAUAAGGCGAAAGAAUAUGGAGACGACAAAGUUCAGUUAGCAAUACAAACAUACGAAUUAGUAGACAAGCAUAUUAGAAGGUUAGACUCGGACUUGGCAAGGUUCGAAGCUGAAAUACAGGACAAGGCAUUGAUUAGUAGUAGAGCACAGGAGGAAAGCAAUGCUAGUAAAAAGGGUAGGAAGAAGCUGAAGGAGAAGGAGAAACGAAAGAAGGGCGCUGCAGGUGCCAGUAGUGAAGAUGAAUCAAAGACAGCUAGAAAGAAGCAGAAGAAAGGUGGAUCAGUUGCCUCUGCAUCAUCUGCCGGUGCUGUGGGAAGUGGGGCACAAGUCGACUCCGGUGCACUGGGACAUCCCGCAGAUGUUUUAGACAUGCCCGUGGAUCCCAACGAACCGACGUAUUGUUUGUGUCAUCAGGUUUCUUAUGGAGAAAUGAUUGGUUGUGAUAAUCCAGACUGUCCCAUAGAAUGGUUCCAUUUCGCUUGCGUCGGGUUGACCACGAAACCUAAAGGGAAAUGGUAUUGUCCUAAAUGUACACAAGACAGAAAAAAGAAAUAAGUUC